AUGUCAAGUAAGGAUAAUAAGAAGAAAGAGGUGGAGACCGACAUUUCAAAACUAAAGUGCUGGGGCAAGAUCCAAAAUCAGUAGAUCAGUCACAUUUUGAUUACUCCUACUUUCAAAUGCGCAAUGAUCUGCUAUGGCAUCUUCGCCAUUGUGCUUGCUGGUUUUGGAGUGCUGUGCUAUAUGCAAGCAAGCAAUAUUCAUGAGCUAACAAUCAGGUACGAUGACAAGUGUAACGGAGUAGCAGUAUGUGAUGUCAGUUUUGUCCCUGACUCUGAUCUUGUAAAUCCAAAAAUCUACUACUAACUAGAAAACUUCUAUGCAAAUCACAGAAACUUUGUAAAAUCUAGAAACUAUAAAUAGCUAAGGGGUAAUGAUCUAGGCUCUGGAGCUCUCACAACAUGCGAACCGGUAAUUAGAAUGAGUGAUCUAGGUGAUAGCAUUCCUAAGGUUGCCCUAGAUGGAUCUACUCUUAGAAGUGACGAUAUUGCAUUUCCAUGUGGCCUCAUUGCAAAAUACUUCUUUAACGACACUUAUAAAUUGCAAUUCUCUUCGAAUAAGACUCAAAUUACAAUCGAUGAAAAAAAUAUUGCUCAUUAAGUUGAUAGAGACUAUAAGUUUAAGCUUCCUAGCAAUGGUAAGAGUAUUGCCUGGUUGGACAUUGAAAAUGAACAUGUGAUGGUCUGGUAUCAGAUGGAAAGUUUCCCUAAUUUCAUUAAGCUAUGGGGCCACAUCUGGACAACUCUAAAAGCAGGUACCAAUUAUACUAUAACCAUAUCAAAUAAAUUCGAUGUUUCUGGCUUCGAUGGCAAGAAAUACAUUUACUUAUCGGAGGUAAAUGCAUUCGGAGGCAGCAAUAAAUUCUUGGGAGUUGCUUUUCUAGCUAUGGCUGGUAUAGUUGUAUUUAUUAUGCUAGUUUUCAUUGUUCUAUACUUUGUAAGACUACAAGGAAAAGACUUGUACUCGACAGAAAAUUUACAAUGGUGA